AUGUGAAUGUGCAGCAUCCGUUAAUCCAAUGAUUGAGACCAGCACGCCGACCAUGAUGGACAGCACUGAGCCGGCACAUUGCACCGUGUGCUGCUGCACGCUGGUCAACAAAAUCCUGAUGGUGCUCUUUAUGGUGCUGCUGAUCUUCGCCAUCUUGUUUGGGAACUUGGUGACUCUGGCGGUGGUGCUUGGGACCAAACACUUCCACACGUCGCAGGGGUACCUGAAGGCAUCACUCGCCGUGGCCGAUCUGGCUGUGGGGAUAUUCGUGGUGCCGCUGUCAGUCUACGCCGAGGUCUAUCUCAUGGUGACCGACUCUGCUCCAGAGUGGACUUCAUACAACUCUCAGUCGGUGAGUUUCCACCCGUGCAACGUCAUCGGUCCCAUCUUCGCCGGGUGCACUUUAGUCUCCAUUACCACCAUCUUCCUGCUGACGAUCGAGCGCAGCAUCGCCGUGUUGAGGCCGCUGCAUAAAGACGCAGUGAUUACACGUAAAAGGACAACGAUCCUCAUCAUCCUUUCCUGGGUGGGGAGUUUCUUCCUGGCGGUGUCUCCGAUGGUUUUCAGCAGUGAGAUCGCUCUGGAGUACAACUCCUGCAGCCGGAUGUGUAAUUACGCUUUGGGGACCAUCGGCGAGUUCCCGAGCCAGGCGUGGAACAUCCUCCUCCUCUUCCCGGCUUUUGACUUCACCCUCCUCGGUGGCACUGUGGUUAUUAACAUGAUUUCUCUGUCCAGCAUCAGGCAGCACUCGAAGCGCAGGAAACACCUGGCAGAGACCGAAAGCCAAAGCAAAACCAAGCCUACGUUCUCCGACAUCAAGGCAGCCAAAACCAUCGGGACGCUGACGGUGGCCUUCACCGCGUCGUUUACGCCCAUCGCCGUCUUUGUGGUGGGGAACGUUUUGGGGAAUGUGUGGUGCAACUUUUCCUUUUUCGCCUUCUGGAUUUUGGCCACCAACAGUUGCUGGAAUGUGAUUAUAUACAGCGUGUGGGAUCAGAAGUUCAGGCUCUGCGCACACAAGCUCCUGAUGCCUUUCCAGAGAAGAGACACAACCAAAACCUAA